AGGUAGGUAAAUGCUCAGUCAUUGUCAUCAUUGCAUUGAAGACAUAUAAACAUUUGUGAACAUUUCUUAGAAACAGUGAUCUUUAGUGCAAAAGUUGUUAUAAACAAUUAAGUUAUUUUUUCUUUAGUAGAAUCCUUGUUUUUUCAAGGAACAAUAUAAAAUGGAUUUAAAUAAAAAAACAAUUUUUAUAAUAACCGGAGCCUCAAGAGGUAUCGGAAAAACUAUGGCAGUAGAAUGUUGUCGUUUAUUUAAGCCUAAUAGCUUGGCAAUUUUGUUUGCCCGGUCCAAAGAGGGUCUUGAACAAACCCACAAAGAAAUACAAGCUAUAAAUAAUAACAUAACUGUGAAAGUGCAUUCGAUUGACUUGGAGAAGGCUUUGCUGGAUGACUACCAAAAGGCUUUAACCGAUGCUUUGGCUGGUAUCAAAGUAAAAGAUUUUGAGCGAGCAUUUAUAAUUCAUAAUGUGGGUUCAGUUGGUGAUGUUACCAAAAGUGCUAAGGAACUUUCUGACAUUGAUGACUGGAAGAAGUACUAUCACUUGAAUGUCUUCGGUUUGUGCGCAUUGAACUCUGAAUUCAUGAGCCGUUUUAGUGAUCUACCAAAGCUAGUUGUCAACAUUACAUCUGGGACUGGUAUUAAGCCAUAUCCUACAAUGGGACAGUAUUGCUCGGGAAAAGCUACUCGGGAAAUGUUCUUCAAGGUUUUGGCUGUAGAAGAGAAGGACACUAUUGUACUGAAUUAUUCACCGGGUCCUGUUGAUACUGAUUUCAUUACUAACUUUCAAAAGAUUUCAAAAAAUGAAGAACUGAAUAAAAUGUUUGAGAAAAUAAAACGUGAGAAAACAAUUCUGACUCCCGAAAAGACAACAGAAAAGUUUAUAAAUGUAUUGAAAGAGUUUAAAUUUGAAUCCGGAGGUCGCGUCGAUUAUUUUGAUUGAAUAUAGGAAUAUACAUUUUUUGAAAAAAAAAGCAGCAGAUCGGAAAAUAAAACUAUUGAAGCAUUAUUUUUUUAACUAAUUGUUUUAAAUACAUUAUUAAAUAUUACAGAUAAAAUAUUAUUACAUUAUUAAACAUAAAACUUAUUUAACUUUUUGUAUAUCUUAUUGUUUAAUAUAACUAAAGUCGAAUAUUUAAACAAAUUUUUCUUACUACA